CUCGCACAAAACUCAAAUAUGAUGAUGUAAUAUAGCUUCACGAGUUUCAAACUUUACAAGUAGGUUGAUAAAUAAAUUUAAAGCUAAAAAGAGAGCAGCCUAGCAAGCAGCACGUAGUUGUCAUCAUCUAUAAAUAACAUUCAAUGUCUCUUUCUCUCUCCUGUCAUUGGUAAUACCGAAACGUUCAAAUCCAAACUAUAUCUCCAUAUUCCAACUCCAUACACAUAAUCUUUUCUUCUGCAUCGGCUGUGUUCAUCUUCAAGUUUGAGUUUCAUUCUCUGAUUUGUGUUUGAACGAUUGCUAGCUUUGGGGAAGAGCAAUGAGUCAUUCUGCAGCCGGACAAGGAAACAAUAGCUCAGGUAAGAGGAGAAUAAGAGAUCUUUUAAGUCAGUCUGAUAACCAAGUCUGCGCUGAUUGUGGCGCUCCAGAUCCUAAGUGGGCGUCAGCAAAUAUCGGAGUGUUCAUAUGCUUAAAAUGUUGUGGUGUGCACAGAAGCCUUGGCACUCAUAUCUCAAAGGUCUUAUCGGUGACACUGGAUGAAUGGUCGGAUGAUGAAGUGGAUUCAAUGAUUGAAAUUGGAGGAAACGCCUCUGCAAAUUCAAUUUAUGAAGCAUUUAUACCUGAUGGUGUCUCUAAGCCUGGACCUGAUGCUACUCAUGACCAACGUAUGCAGUUUAUCAGGUCAAAGUAUAAGCACCAAGAGUUUCUAAAACCAAGUUUGAGGAUCUCAUCAGUGAAGGGCUCUAGUACAAAGAGUUCACCAUAUCUUUCACCAAAUCUAUCAGAUGCUGAUAGUUUUCGCACAAAUUCAUCAUCACAACAACAGCAUCUUGAAGGCAUGGUUGAGUUUAUUGGAUUGUUGAAGGUGACUCUUAAAAAAGGAACCAAUCUAACUAUCCAAGAUACGAAGACAAGCGAUCCUUAUGUUGUGUUAACUCUCGGACAACAGACUGUAAAAUCAACUGUAAUGAAGAGCAACUUAAACCCGGUCUGGAACGAGGAACUCAUGCUCUCUGUUCCUCAGAACUAUGGCUCUGUGAAAUUGCAAGUGUUUGAUUAUGACACAUUUUCUGCUGAUGACAUAAUGGGAGAAGCUGACAUUGAUAUCCAACCUCUGAUUACAUCUGCAAUGGCUUUUGGUGACCCUGAAAUGUUUGGAGAUAUGCAGAUUGGUAAAUGGCUUAAAUCGCACGACAAUGCUCUUAUAGAGAACAGCUUCAUCAACAUUUCAGAUGGGAAAGUUAAACAAGAGGUUCAUAUCAAGCUUCAAAAUGUUGAAUCUGGUGAAAUAGAACUAGAACUUGAGUGGCUGCGUCUUGACCAAUAAAUAUAUAGCAAAUCUCUCUUUUGGUGUUGUACUUUUGAAAACUCAAAACAGAUUAUAUAUGGUUUGAUUCAUUGCUUGUGUACACAAAUCUGAUCCAAAUGUUUCAUUUAAAACCUAAGAUCUAACUAGUGGCCAUCUAACAAUCUGAGCCCUGC